GUUCUAGGCUGCGUUUUCGAGGGGCAAACCAUUUCCGUCCGGCGGCCCUGAGCAGGGUAAAGUCCAGCGAGUCUGGCCAGCAGCGCCCCCACCCCCCCAUCACGGUGCGGUAGCCGGCUGUCUCGCGACCGAACAUCCGCGACCAAGAGCAUGUUUACAUGGGGAGCUGCCGCGUCAUGCGAAUGCUGUGUCUGCUUUCUGCUGUCGGCAAACCGAUCUACGUAAACGUUCAGACCAUAGUACCAUAAUGGCGCAGCUUCUUCGGGGCGUUGCAUACAUCACCGGCGCUGGAUCGGGAAUUGGCCAGCACACUGCGUUUUCGUUCGCAAGACACGGUGUGAAGCGCAUGGCUCUCAUCGACUUCAAGCCCGAGAAUCUCCACAGGACGGUGGACGAGCUGAAGAAGCAGGCCCCGGACGUGGAGGUGCUGCCAAUAGAGUGCAACACCGCGAACGAAAAGGCCGUGUUUGACAGCGUUGCGGAGACCGUCAAGAGAUUUGGCAGCUUGGAUUACGCCGUCAACAAUGCCGGCCGUGGAGGACCGGCCAAGCCCACGCACGAGCUCGAGAGCAAGGACUGGCAGAGCUUGAUCGAUGUGAACCUGACGGGCGUAUGGUACUGCCAAAAGGCGCAGAUCCAACAGAUGCUGAAGCAGGAGCCGAAGAAUGACAGAGAGGGUCGUGGCUCGAUCGUCAACGUUGCCUCCAUGCUUGGCACGAAGGCUUCGGCGCCGUCGACGUUUGCUACCGACUACACGGCAACGAAGCAUGGUGUCAUGGGUCUCACAAAGGCCGACGCAAUCUUCUACGGAAGACCAGAGUAUCGCAUCCGGAUCAACGCAAUGUGCCCUGGCUAUGUAGCAACGCCGCUCCUUCUCGCGGCGCGAGAAGCCGGAGUCAUGGACGGAGAAGUCGCCAAAGUUCCGAUGGGCCGUAUGGCGAUGAUGGAAGAAAUUGGAGAUGCGAUCACUUUCUUAUCAAGUCCGUUAGCCAGCUACAUGUGUGGUCAAGGACUCGUGGUCGACGGUGGUUAUUGCGCUUAGUCUCAAGAUAGUACCAUAAACUCAAAAUUAAUCAUGGCGAUAAACGGAGUGACUAAUGUGUCUCUUCUGUGGCUCUCUUCCGUGAUGAUGCUGCAAUUUUUUGCUGCUCUAUUUCACUGGCACUUUGCUCUAAACUGCUACUUUACAUAUAUCGAG